GUUAAACCAUAGAUAAACAUACCAGUAGUACAGUCUAACUUCAAUCUAUGGUACAGUACAGUAAACUAGCUAGGCUGACUCCGAUCGCGACAGUCAAACUGACUAUUCUACUAUCAACCGCUUUUUAUGCUUGCUCUACUCUAAUAUUGUGUACGCAGACAUGAGAGUAUUACUAUCGAUCUUCUGUCUCUUUCCCUUGUACGGUUUGGUCACGCUAAGCGACUAUGAUCAUGUUAUUCACGUCGACCCAAACAAUCCAAACAGUACUAACAAUAGCACCUGCUAUGAUUCCGAGCAAGUUCCAUGUGCUGACAUAAAUUUUGCAUUGGCUUUUCCUGACCGACAAAAUUCAACCAUUUUUAUUCUCAGCUCCAAUGCUACCCAUAAAUUAGCUAAAAAUACAACUACUACAAUAUUCACAGAAGGUUCACAAAUAGCCUUUGUUGGAGACAAUGGUACCGCUACAAUAGAGUGCAUGGAAGGUGCUGGACUGGCAUUUAUUAACUAUACGGAAAUUGUAUUAAGAGAUGUCAGCUUUUUAUUAUGUGGAGCAUGGAGAGAUAGCACAAGCAAGGAUUUUUCUUCAACAGCUUAUAAACUGAUUUCGAUUCGAGUUGGCCUGUAUUUUUACAAUUGCCGCAAUGUUAACAUGUCCAACAUGAAUGUCUUAAACAGUACCGAUGCAGUGGGUGUGGUCAUGUACAGUGUGGCUGGUGAUAAUUACAUUAGCUACUCACAUUUCAGUAACAACAGAAUUAGUGAGAAAAAUAUGAACGAGUCCGGUGGUGGAGGGUUCGCUGUGGAGUUCAACUAUUGUAAGCCGGGGGACGACACCUGUGGAGAGAACAAUACACAAACUGAGAACAUCCAAAAUGCUUCAUACACUUUUGAGAACUGUUUGUUCAUCCACAAUCGUGCAAUAGAUCAAUCUGGCCAAAACAAAGCAGGUGUCUCAAUUUUACCUAACAAAAAAACUCAUUCCUCUCUCGGUCGUGGUGGGGGACUUUCCCUGUAUUUCAAAGGAGAAGCUGCGGCCAAUUUCUUUGUUAUCGAAAACUGUAUUUUCCACAGUAACAAUGCCAACUGGGGUGGUGGGCUGUGUGUGCAAUAUGCCGAUCACUCCAUCCAGAACAAUAUAACCGUAACCAACACUACCUUCGUAAAUAACCUUUGUUUUUCGGAUCACCAUCAGAGUGGAGAGACAGGGGGUGGGGCUUUGGUGUCCUCCCCCAUAUAUUAUGAUGUCAAGAGGGAUAAUUUCGAAAGAAAUGAGAUAUUUUUCACUGAUUGUGUUUUCACUGCUAACCAUGCAGUCACAGGGGGUGCUCUAGCAUUUGUGUACACUCUGCAGCGUCAGUCAUAUUAUUAUCAACUAUUCCGAGCAAACAUUUUGAAUUCCAUCUUUAAAUCGAACUCUGCUAGGCUAGGCUCUGCAAUAUCCGUAGACCACGAAUAUUUCUACUAUCAAGGACAUCUGGGAGAUAUUAAAAUCACUGAUUGUACGUUUAACGGUAACAAGAUUGUCUACACAGAACCGGAGAAGGUGUACAGUGUCGGAAUAGGAGCACUAUAUAUUUCUGAAGUUAGUGCUAUUUUUCAAGGAAAUAUUAACUUUUUGAACAAUGAUGCCAGUGCUUUGGCGCUGGUUGGAACAAGAAUUAGAUUUGCAGACAACUCAACCAUAAAUUUCACAGCAAACUAUGGUGCUAAUGGAGGCGCUAUUGCUUUGUUAGGCGUAUCUAGUAUGUUGAUUGGAGUCAAUGCAUACAUGCAUUUCGAGAACAAUGUAGCGAGUCGAUUUGGAGGAGCCAUUUACAACAGCUAUACGGGUAAAGAGGAUCUUCGAUCAUCCGUGAAAUGCUUCAUACAGUACGAUGAUCCAUUUUCAGAUCCUACAUCUUGGAAUGCACAAUUUGUGUUUAAAAACAAUUCGGCCAGGAAAUUAGGCAAUUCAAUUUACUCCACGACGAUCCUCCCCUGUUCCUGGACCGAAGACUUUCAAGUGCGGCCGGAAAUCACUCAAAGGAUUUUCUGCUGGAACGAAUCUAUCUGGAGGUACGAAGGGAGCAACUGUACUUCGCAGAUAUACACAGCUCCACACAAGUUUAAGAACAUAACCACAGUCAAUGGUACCAAAGUUUACCCUGGCCAUCCAUUCCGGCUUUAUAUCAACGCCACAGACGAUUUGGAUCAUGAUGUCACUAUUGAAACUAUCUAUACCGCACUUGUUAAGACUGGUACAGCUGCAAUAGACCCCCAAUACACGUACGUUGCAAACGGUUCCCUGGGUAUUACCGGACUGGGAGGACAAAAUGUUACACUUCAAUUAGAUGUAGCUGGCAAUCGAGAUUGGCGUAUAAAAGUUGAACUGGUUAUUGAGGAAUGUCCUAUUGGGUACAUAGCACAGAACGUCUUUGUCAACAUAUCAUCCAACGAAACAGACUCGAUCAAAGAGACUAAAUGCGAAUGUAUUGGCGGAAACGAAUUGUACACAUUCGGAGGAAACUUGAUUUGUAAUAAAGUGGAUAUGACAUCGAAAAUUCAUAAUGGUUUCUGGAUUGGACAUAUAGAAAACGUACCAGGUAUUUCAAACGACACAUUAUAUAUGGGUAUGUUACUACUAAAGAACAUUUCAGAGAGUUAUUUAACCCUCAAUCAUUCUAACGAUACGCAAUGCAGGUACUUGAAUCGUACAGGUACGCUGUGUGGUAAAUGUUUAGAGGGUUAUUCCGUUGCAGUGAAUACUUACUCCUACGAUUGUAUUUUAUGCAAUAACCACACGAACCUUGUCCAAAAUGCCUUGGUAUACGUUGCGCUGACCUACUUGCCUUACUUGAUUUUGUUUCUACUAAUAAUCUUCCUUAACAUCAAUUUAAUGAGUGGGUCUUUAUCUGGGUUUAUCCUCUAUGCCCAGUUAAUCGGUUCGGGCGUACUAGAGCUAACAAUCGAUCGCCUUCCUAGCCAAAAAUAUGCUUACUACCUUCAGAGAGUGUAUCGGAUGUCGUAUGGUGUUUUCAAUCUCAAUUCCUUCUCCGGGAUAUUGUCUCCGUUUUGUGUUAGCGAAGAUUCUAACACUCUAGGAGUGAUUAGCUUAGACUACGGUGUCGCUAUUUUCCCACUAGUAGUGAUAAUCGUUAUUUGGCUAGUCGUAAGUCUAGUGGACAGGUGUAACUUGCGGAGGGCAAAAAAUCGAUCUCUACAAACUUUUGCCAGUGUACAAGGGAAUAGUGAAUCAAGUACCAGUCGAAAAAUUGGAGAAUCAAUUAAGAAAAUGUUCUCUCGCAAUUUUAUUCACGCUUUUGUUGGAUUCAUAUAUCUAUCUUACACCAAGAUGAGCCUUGCCGCCACUCUCACCUUGACAACAGUUGGAGUAUUCAAUCAAAAUGGAACCUACGUCACCUCUACACGCCUGAUCUACUACGCUAGUCAGUAUUACUUCGGACAAAAUGAAUAUCUCUAUCCGUACGGUGUAAUAGCAAUUACUGUGUACAUUAUCGCUGUUGCACUGCCCUUCGCUUUGUUAGGUGGUCUAGAUUUCGUCAAUUGGCUCACUGGUCUGGAAAAGUGUGUUCUGAUGAGAAAAUUAUGGCCGAGUCUAACGAUCAACUCUUUCUUAGAUGCGAUGCGUGAUUGUUACCGGCCCAAUCGACGUUACUUUGCAGGGAUCUACUUUCUCUUUCGACUUGUAAUGCUAAUGAUUUUCGCAUUCUCCUCCAAACUACUCACACUAGUCUUGUGCCAGCUCCUGUUAAUUUUCCUAAUGGUUGUCGUGGUUGCAAUAAUGCUACCUUAUAAAGAGAUGCUUCACAAUUUUAUCGAUAUUCUACUCCUCCUCAACAUGGCAGCAAUUACCCUCAUUUCAAUCUAUCUCUACUCCGCUCCUUCCGACAAUGGUAGUACCUACCCCUUUGAAUUAUACAUUUUUGGUACCAUUUUAAUCUGGUUGCCAAUGGUAUAUCUACUUAUCUAUAUCUGCUCCUUUUGUCUACGAAAAACAAAAGCGUAUAAAACGGCCACAGAGAAGUUUCUGGCCCACCGUGCAGUUCUGUUCUUAUACAAACAUUUCUCAAAUUUGGAGCUUUACAGAGAGAUACAACAGCAAAGCAUGGUUCGUAUCGUCGCCAAUGCUAGGGCCAAUGGCCACGACAACAAUGGAGUGUACGGACAUAUAACUGAUAAUGAGGCAGAUAUGACUGAAUCAAUGAUGCUGUUAAAUAGAGCUGGAGAGCGUAAUUUAUACCGACCAGCAAAUCCGAAAAUAACUAAGUCUACUGUGUCUGUGGUUCAUGACACGAGUGGUAUGGCUGAUGUAAAGGGCCGGUAUGGGAUCAACGAUACAUAGGAAUUAAACAAACGUACGUACGUGUGUGUGUGCAUGUGACUAUAAGCUAUGGACAUCAGGAUUGCAAUAUAUAUAUAGGCCUAUACUCUCUUGUACAAAUUGUAUUGUUCUUACGAUUGUACCAUGUGUUCUUUUUGUACGUCACAUAUUUUUAUACGUUACAUUACGUGUUACAUUACAUACACUACUUUUGUUUGCACUGCUGUCGUGAAAAUAUUUUAAUUCUGAGUGAAA